AUGCCUCAAAGAGAUUUAAGUGGUAUUCAAAGUACCGCAACUAAUGAAAAAAUAAUGGAUGUUGAAGACCAUGAGAUUAAUCUUCAAACUAUUACCUCAAGUAAUUUUACAACAUCUUUUAACGAUUUUCAAAAACAAUUAAUUUUGAAAAGAUUAAAUUUAAAUAACAUCAUUGAUUCAGAAUCAUUACCUCCAGCUGCUGUAUUUAUGAUUGAAAAAGUUGAAAACUUGAGUGUCGAAACGGCUAUUCCAAUUCUAGAAGAAACAUUAAAAGAACACCAACAUGAUGUCAAUUUUCCAACUGCUGAUUUUGAUUUUAUUAAAGAAUUGGUUGACGCAAAGGAUUCAAAAGAAGUUAGUGUAGAUUCUGAGUUCAAGGAAAAUUCCAAAGAGGCUUGGACUGAGGAUAUAAAAGAAGUUUCAACUGAUGAAGAUCCUCAAAUUAAUGAAUAUAAAAUUGUUGAUUUGAAUUUACAAAUUAGAUUAGAAGCUGCUUUAAUUGCAUAUUGGUCACCAUAUCCUGAAGUUAGAAGUGUUACUGAUCCAUAUGACGAUCCUUCAAUUCCUGCUGAAACAUUAAGAGUCUAUAUCUUGGGUACUAUUUGGACUGCUUUAGGUACAUUUAUUAAUCAAUUCUUCAUUGAAAGGCAACCAGCAAUAUCUUUAUCACCAGCUGUAGUUCAAUUAUUUCUUUAUCCAUGUGGUUUAAUACUUGCAAAAAUUUUACCAAAAUACAAGUUGAAAUUAUGGAAAUUUACCAUUGAUUUAAAUCCUGGUCCUUGGAAUCAUAAAGAACAAAUGUUGGCAACAAUUUUUUAUUCAGUUUCGUCGGGUGUUUGUAUGUACUUAAGGAUACAACAAUUGAUGGUUACUAACUAGUUUUUAGCAUAUGUUUCUUAUAAUAUUCAUGCUCAAAGAGUUGAAAGGUUUUAUAAUAAUCAAUGGGCUGAUUGGGGUUAUCAAGUUUUAUUAAUAUUAGCUACAAAUUACAUGGGAAUUGGGUUUGCUGGAAUAAUUAGAAGAUUUGCUGUUUUUAGUCCAAGAGCUGUUUGGCCAACAAUUCUUCCAACUAUUGCUUUAAAUAAAGCGUUAUUGCAACCAGAAUCAAAGGAAAUAAUCAAUGGUUGGUCAAUUUCGCGUUAUCGUUGGUUUUUCAGUGUUUUAUUGAUUUCAUUUUUGUAUAAUUGGAUUCCAACUUAUCUCUUCAAUGCAUUAUCCUAUUUUAAUUGGACAACUUGGAUUUCACCAAAUAAUGUUGACUUGGUAGCAGUUACAGGAUUUGUUACAGGUUUAGGCUUAAAUCCAAUUCCUUCAUUUGAUUGGAAUCUUAUAAACUAUAAUAGUGGUUUAAUUUUACCUUUUUACUCACAGGUAUGCUUCUAUCUUGGUAGUUCCAUUGCAUUUUUCAUUAUUACUGCCCUUUGGUAUACGAACUACAAAUGGACAAGUUAUAUACCAAUCAACUCCCCAUACUUGUUCGACCAACAGGGAGUUCGAUAUGAUGUCAAAAAUGUUGUUGAUGACAAUAAUCUAUUUGAUCAAGUUAAAUAUGAAUCUGUGGGUCCACCUUAUUAUUCUGCUGCUAAUCUAGUACUUUAUGGUUCAUUUAUUGCAUUUUAUCCAUUUUCAAUUGUCUAUGAAUGUUUUAUAAAUGGAAAACCCAUGCUCCGUGCUAUCAAAGAGCUUAUUAGAGGUUUUAGAAAUUUGAAAUUGUCCGUUUACGAGGGUUUCAAUGAUCCACAAACAAUAAUGAUGAGAAAGUAUAAAGAGGUUCCUGAUUGGGUAUUUCUUCUUGUUUUGGUUGUUUCAAUUGUUUUUGGGAUCAUUUGUGUUUCAGUUUACAGUCAAGUUCAAACACCAAUAUGGGGUCUUUUCUUUGCUUUAGGUAUAAAUCUUGUUUUCUUGUUCCCAUUAACGAUGAUAUUUUCAACUACAGGUUAUCAGAUAGGUUUAAAUGUUUUAGGUAAGUAUACUAAUCAUUGUUCAAUCGUUUUUAAUACUAACUUUUUUCAAGUCCAAAGUAUGUUAUCAUAUAAAAUUUUUAUGUAGUUAGUUACUAACUUCUUUUCAAGUCAUAACAGGUUAUGCUUUAGAAGGUAAUGGUUUGGCGUUGAUGUUUAUUAAAGCUUUUGGUUAUAAUAUAAAUGGUCAAGCUCAAAAGUAUGUACAAUCAAAUUACAAGAUGUUGGCAAGGCAAAUAGUGCAGGAUUAAUACUAACCUCUACUAGUUAUAUUUCAGAUCAAAAGCUCGGGCAUUACCUUAAGAUAGCUCCAAGGGCUGUAUUCCGUUGUCAAAUGUUUUCUGUGUUGAUUUCAUCUUUUGUCGGUUUAGCAGUCAUGAAUUUCACAAUUGAUAAUAUUCCCAAUUAUUGUGAUUACACAAAUACACAGAAAUUUACCUGUCCUUCUUCAACAGUAUUUUAUACAGCCUCAAUAUUAUGGGGGGUGAUUGGUCCAAGAAAAGUAUUUGGUGGUCUCUAUCCAAUAUUAGCUUGGUGUUUUUUGAUUGGAUUUUUGUUAGCUUUUCCUGCCAUUGCAUUUAAAAAGUAUGGUCCAAAAAGAAUCACGAAAUAUUUUCAACCUAGUGUUAUAAUUGGUGGUAUGUUAAUUUAUGCACCUUAUAAUUUAUCAUAUAUAACUGGAAGUUUAUAUUUAAGUAUCGCAUCAAUGUGGUAUUUAAAAUCUCGUUACUUGGCUUGGUGGUCAAAAUAUAAUUUUGUUUUCAGUUGUGCAAUGGAUGCUGGUGUAGCUGCAUCUGCAAUUUUAAUAUUCUUUGCUGUUCAAUAUAAAGAGUAUUAUUUAAAUUGGUGGGGAAAUACAGUUUCAUUCGCUGGUAUUGAAGGUAUGGGUGGUUUAGCAAGACUAAAUGCAACUACAGCACCAGAAGGUUACUUUGGAUUAAGACCAAAUGAGUAUCCAUGA